GGCGGCAAGCUCUCGUCCUGUGUAUGACGUUCUGUUUUCACUGAAUAAAGAAUCCGACGUCGUCGAGUGUGAGAAUCGAUUCUCCCUUUUACGCUACACUACUUACAUUUAAAGUUGUCUAUAAACUCAUACAGAGUACAUUGGUGUAGGUAGCCUGUUACCUGGGCGGAUUGCGUGAAGACCAAGGAAAUCCUUCGCAAGGAUUGGUUAUUUCCAUUUCUAACCAUGGGGAGAAUAAGAGGUGCGAAUUAUGACGAAGAUUUUAGCUUUGUCAGUCCAGUUGUCAAGUAUUUACUUUUCCUUUUUAACUUAAUAUUUUGGAUGAUCUCAAUGGUGAUGAUGUCAAUUGGUGUUUACGCAAGGAUGAUGAAACAUGCCGAGGCAGCCAUGGCUUGCCUGGCAGUGGACCCUGCCAUCAUGCUCCUGGUUGUGGGGGUGCUUAUGUUCUUUAUCACGUUCUGUGGCUGCGUGGGCUCCCUCAGAGAGAAUAUAUGCCUCCUACAGACGUUCUGCAUCUUUCUGACUUUGAUCUUCAUACUGCAGCUAGCUGCUGGGAUCCUGGGCUUCAUCUUCUCAGAUAAGGCCCAGAAUAAAGUGAAGACUGUGAUCAACAAGGCCAUCGUUCAUUAUCGGGAUGACAUCGACCUACAGAACCUCAUCGAUUUUGGUCAGAAAGAGUUCAGCUGUUGCGGUGGGAUUGCCUACACUGAAUGGACUAAAAACCAGUACUUCAACUGCACCCCAGACAAUCCCAGCCAGGAGCGUUGCUCUGUCCCCUUCUCCUGCUGCUUGCUGUCCAAGGUUGAGUCGGUCGUUAACACCAUGUGUGGCCACAGGAUGCAGGAACAGUCGUUCUCCGACGCUGGCAAAUUCAUCCACACUGAAGGCUGCAUUGACAAGUUGGUCAACUGGAUCCAUGGCAACCUGUUCUUGCUGGGAGGUAUUGCCCUGGGUCUGGCCAUCCCACAGCUGGUGGGGAUCCUGUUGUCUCAGAUCCUGAUCAAUCAGAUAAAGGACCAGAUCGAGCUUCAGAACUACAACCUGCGACACCGUAGUGAUCCGUGGCAGUGACCCGGUGUCGGUCAGGUCCUCCCACGUGAGACUGGACCAGGGCUGGGUUGACCAGCUCUCGGUCACCUCGUGGGCAGUGAGGGUCUGGAGUUCUCUGUCCUCCUUCCGGUUGUGACUGAAAUUAGCAUUUGUCCUAAAGGCGCCUUUCCCGUAGUGAGAUGGUUUUCAUUUGUGUUUUAUGGGGGGGGGGGCAAAGAGUCCGAAGAUUCGAGAGUCCGGACAACAAGGUAAACUGUUCAUUUUCUGCGUUAUUUUUUUCUGUUCGUUUUAGUUCACACUGCACUGUGGAUGGGCAGAAUUGUAGCUUUAGAACUAAGGAAAUAUUGUCAGUGUGCACACUUGCCCCAGCUACUGUAAAUAAAACAUAAUCAGGAAGUAUCCCAGCCAAGAAAGCAAUUGGGAAAACUCCUACAUUUGUCUGCUGACUGUUUCAUUUCAAAUAUGGAACAGUUUGUCAUAGGGCAAAAGCAUUAGCAUUUUUAAUCUUGCAAAGCCAAGUCCAAAACAUUGCAAAAUAAUUUUAACAAUGUCAGGUUACUGUAGGAUGUUGAUAAUCAGGAUUACAACACAGAGUUAACAUCUGUGGUUAAUAGAUAUCUAGUUAUUUCUGAGUAGCCUACCCAAAUAGUAAUAACACUGUUGAUAUGUGUUACUGAAAGUGACGUAGAGGUUACAAAAGUUUGUAUCGGUUUAUAUAAAGCCUGCGGGUAUAAUGUAUUAUAACAGCUCAAACAUGCAUAUAUUAUGCCAUUUACUGUACAGUGUUUGUAAAUAAUUUCAGGGACAUUCAAAUGUGUUUUUUACAUUAGAUUUCUUUCUCUAAAAAUGACUGAACUGUUUAACAGUAGAUUCUUAAAUAUGCCACUGAUGUUGUUCAAAUGUUUUUCCAUCAAAAUUGGCAGUUAGUAAAAACACUUUUAUGAACCUUUUUGUUUUGCUUUUGGAUUUUGGAGAAUUGUUUGAAACCAGCCAUACAGAGUUGAAUUGGUUGUUUUGAAAGAUAUUUUUUUUUUGGUUUAAGUAGAGAGAGAUGGCCAGAGAUGGUGUGGUUUAUGGCCAAUAUACCACGGCUAAAGGCUAUUCUUAUGCAUGACUCAAUGCUGAGUUGCAUGCAUAUAUCCCUUUGCUGUGGCAUAUUGGCCCUAAACCACAAAUCCCAGAGGUGCCUUAUGAUGAGGGUGUGGUAUAUACCAAAAUACCACGGCUAAGAGCUGUUCUUAGGCACAAGGAAUCGCCGAGUGUCUGGACACAGCACUUUGUUGUGGUGUAAUUGCAAAGUAUCACAGACCCACAAGAUGCCUUAUUGCGAUUGUAAACCGGUUACCAAUGCAAUUACAACUUUGAAAAGUUAUUUGAUGUGAUACCUGUGGAAUACCAUUGCAUAUACCACAGCUUUUAAGCAGUCACCAUUCUGGAUUUGAACCACCCAGUUUAUACAGUCUGAUUUACCACGGCUUUAAGCCAAUUAGCAGCCAGGACCCAAACUGCUGUUGAUUAUAGAGGAUAUCCACUGAGCUAAUAAGGGGUUUGCCCAAUUGAAAACACAACAGAAAGGCCAGAUUUCAUAAUAAACAGGCCUUAUAUUUUCUGUGACUUCUGUUAUACAACACUGGUGUUUAGAUUGGCACGGGUUGCCAUUUGGGAGUUUACACUCGUGUUCUCACUCUCCAUAACAUAACCAUGUUGGGCUGUCGCCUAGACCUUCUGUCAUAUCCUCCUCCAUGGUGGUGUUCAUCAGGACACAGAAUGGAAAAUUAAACUGAAAUCUUUUCAGUGCACUGGUUCAUGUGGUGUGUUCCUGCUUUUGUCCUGAUGAGCAUGACCCAGUUAGGUCCUCGACUGGAAUAGCAGGUGCUUUGAGCAAUAUAUUUAGCAUCCCUUAUAGACAAAUGGACAAGUAUUAUACUACUGGUAAGCAUGUAACUGUUCAGUACAAAGAGUGGAGUUUGUAAUUGUAUGUCUUUUUCUAUCUGUUUUUGUUUGUUUCUCUUUUUGGUCAACAUUGUUCUUUUCUCGUCUGUAUUAAUUUAUUAUUAAAUAUGAAUGAUUUAUCCAAGGGGGAUUUUGUUCUCAAUUUCCCCUCGCCCAGGUACAUGGUAUUCAUUUAUAAUGUCUGUGGUGAAAUGGUAAUUAUACUUAUUGUAUUUAAAAACAAUUACAUAGGAAUUAAUUUUUUUGUGGGGGGGGGGGGUCAUUACAACAAGGAGGCACCACUGCCGUGCAUCAAGGUGGACAGAAAUGUACAUAGACUCUCCUAACAUGCCAAUAUUUCUGGAAAAUAAAGUGCUACUGACUACUCUA